CCCACCUCCUUCCUCCUUUGCGAAGGGCUGGUAACUUGUUGUGCGGAGCGAGCGGCGGCGGCGGCGGCGGCGGCACCAUCCAGGCGGGCACCAUGGGCACGUCCGCGCGCUGGGCGCUCUGGCUGCUGCUCGCGCUGUGCUGGGCGCCCCGGGAAAGCCGCGCCACCGAAGCGGGAAGAAAAGCCAAAUGUGAACCCUCCCAAUUCCAGUGCACAAACGGCCGCUGUAUUAUGUUGCUGUGGAAAUGCGACGGGGAAGAAGACUGCGCUGACGGCAGUGACGAAAAGAACUGUGUAAAGAAGACGUGCGCCGAGUCUGACUUUGUGUGCAACAAUGGCCAGUGCAUCCCCAACCGGUGGCAGUGUGACGGCGAUCCUGACUGUGAAGACGGCUCUGACGAAAACCCAGAAGAGUGCCAUAUGAGAGCAUGCCGCAGAAAUGAGAUGAGCUGUGGCGCCCGUUCCGCUCACUGUAUCCCAGUGUCCUGGAAGUGUGAUGGUGAAAAUGAUUGUGACAGUGGCAAAGAUGAAGAAAACUGUGGCAAUAUCACGUGCAGCCCCGAUGAGUUCACCUGCUCCAGCGGCCGCUGCAUCUCCAGGAAUUUCGUCUGCAACGGCCAGGACGACUGCGGCGACGGCAGCGACGAGCUGGACUGUGCGCCCCCAACGUGCCGUACGCACGAGUUCCAGUGCAGCAACUCGUCCUGCAUCCCCCUCAGCUGGGUGUGCGACGACGAAGCCGACUGCGCCAACCAGUCGGACGAGUCCCUGGAGCAGUGCGGCCACCAGCCUGUGAUGGACACCAAGUGCCCGGCCAGCGAGACCCAGUGCGGCUCCGGGGAGUGCAUCCACAAGAAGUGGCGCUGCGACGGAGACCACGACUGCAAAGACGGCAGCGACGAGGUCAACUGUCCUUCAAAAACCUGCCGCCCUGACCAGUUUGGGUGUGAGGACGGCAGCUGCAUUCACAGCAGCAGGCGGUGCAAUGGUAUCCGGGACUGUGUGGACCGCUCGGAUGAAGUCAACUGCAAAAACGUCAAUCAGUGCUUGGGCCCUGGCAAGUUCAAGUGCAGAAGUGGGGAGUGCAUAGAUAUCGGUAAAGUAUGUAACCAGGAGCAGGACUGCAGGGACUGGAGUGACGAGCCCCUGAAAGAAUGUCAUGUAAAUGAAUGCUUGGUUAAUAAUGGUGGCUGUUCUCACAUCUGCAAAGACCUAGUUAUAGGCUACGAAUGUGACUGCGCAGCUGGGUUUGAACUGAUAGAUAAGAAAACCUGUGGAGAUAUUGACGAAUGCCAAAAUCCGGGAAUCUGCAGCCAAAUUUGUAUCAACUUAAAAGGCGGUUACAAGUGUGAAUGUAGUCGGGGCUAUCAGAUGGAUCUUGCCACUGGCGUGUGCAAGGCAGUAGGCAAAGAGCCAAGUUUGAUCUUCACGAAUCGAAGAGACAUCCGGAAGAUUGACUUGGAGAGGAAGGAAUAUAUCCAACUCGUUGAACAGCUAAGAAAUACUGUAGCUCUUGAUGCGGACAUUGCUGCUCAGAAGCUGUUCUGGGCUGAUCUCAGUCAGAAGGCCAUCUUUAGUGCCUCAAUUGAUGACAAGGUUGGUAGACAUGUUAAAAUUAUCGACAAUGUCUAUAAUCCUGCAGCCAUUGCUGUUGAUUGGGUGUACAAGACCAUCUACUGGACUGAUGUGGCUUCUAAGACUAUUUCAGUAGCUACCCUUGAUGGGACCAAGAGGAAGUUCCUGUUCAACUCUGGCUUGCGGGAGCCUGCCUCCAUAGCUGUGGACCCCCUGUCUGGCUUUGUGUACUGGUCAGACUGGGGAGAACCAGCUAAAAUAGAAAAAGCAGGAAUGAAUGGAUUUGAUAGGCAGCCCCUGGUGACAGAGGACAUCCAAUGGCCUAACGGAAUUACACUCGACCUCAUCAAGAGUCGUCUCUACUGGCUUGACUCCAAGUUGCACAUGCUGUCCAGUGUAGACCUGAAUGGCCAAGAUCGCAGGAUUGUCCUCAAGUCUCAGGAGUUCCUAGCUCACCCUCUCGCGCUGACCAUAUUUGAGGAUCGCGUCUACUGGAUAGAUGGGGAAAAUGAAGCAGUCUACGGUGCCAAUAAAUUCACUGGGUCAGAGCUGGUCACUCUGGUCAACAACUUGAAUGAUGCCCAAGACAUCAUUGUCUAUCACGAACUCGUCCAGCCGUCAGGUAAAAACUGGUGCGAAGAAGACAUGCCGAACGGAGGCUGUGAAUACCUGUGUCUGCCAGCACCACAAAUUAAUGAUCAUUCCCCAAAAUACAACUGUUCCUGUCCCAAUGGGUACAGUCUGGAGGAGAACGGCCGGGAGUGCCACAGUACUGCAACUCCUGUGACUUACAGUGAGACAAAAGGUAUCCACGCAACAGAAAUUGCACCAACUAGUGGACUAGUUCCUGGAGGGAUCAAUGUGACCACAGAGGUAUCAGAGGCCACUGUUCCCCCCAAGGGCACUUCUGCUGCCUGGGCCAUCCUUCCUCUCCUGCUCUUGGCAAUGGCGGCAGUCGGUUGCUACUUGAUGUGGCGGAACUGGCAACACAAGAACAUGAAAAGCAUGAACUUUGACAAUCCUGUGUACCUGAAGACUACUGAAGAGGACCUGUCAAUAGACAUUGGUAGACACAGUGCUUCUGUUGGACACACGUACCCAGCAAUAUCGGUUGUAAGCACAGACGAUGACCUAGCUUGAUUUCAGAGACCAGUCUUGACCUCUGAGGUCUAAAACCGAUAACCCUCCACUUCGAAAUGGUAACCAAGCCAGCGCCUGAAGUCCUUCUUCCUCCAGUCUGGAAGAACAUCAAGAUAUCUUUAUGUGGAUCAAGCUUGUAUACUUGACCGUUUUUAUAGUACUUUUGUAAAUAUUCCUGUCCACAUUCUACUUCAGCUUUGGAUAUGGUUACCGAGUAUCUAACCCUUGAGUUUCUAGACAGUAUUGCCACAUCUGGCCAAAUAUGCACUUUCCCGAGAAAGCCAUAUUCCAGCAAUGACACUUGUGCUAUAGUGUAUACCACCUGUACAUACACUGUAUAGACCAUCUGUAAAUAUCCCUGAGAACAAUCACUAUUCGUCAGCACUUUGAAAAUAUUUCUAUGUAAAUUAUUGUAAACUUUUUCAAUGGUUGGGACAAUGGCAAUAGGAUAAAACGGGUUACUAAGAUGAAAUUGCCAAAAAAUUUGUAAACUAAUUUUGUACGUAUGAAUGAAAUCUUUGACCUCAGUGGAGGUUUGCAAAGACUGAGUGUUCAAACUACUGUACAUUUUUUUUUCAAGUGCUAAAACAAUUAAACCAAGCAGCUUAACCAUGGUUUGUGCCUAUUCCUGUAGGAUAAACUUCUGUCAAUGGCCUAAGUAGUAUCAAGCAUUUUAACUAAACAGGUGAGCUAGAUGAUAUAGAGCUUGACGUUGUGUAACUGGGCCUGUAAAUUGGCUAGUUUCUCUGACAGCCAAGUACUAAAAGAACAAGGUACCCCCUAAUAUCCACUCCUGAAAUAUUUAUUUUGUAAAAGAAGCUAGCUUAGCCUGUACCUAGAAUUUCUCUUGUUUAGAGGCAGGUUCCUUUUCUGAAUCAUUUGUUUCCUGAUCUAGAAACCUAUGCUAAGAUUUCUAGCAAUUCUGAUUCUUCAUACUUAAUUCUGUGUGUUCCAUGUUCUGUCAUUAUAUGUUGCUCCAGGACAAGUGCCUUCUUGUCCUUGAGCUUGUCCUUGAGCAAAGCAUGUUCGUCUUUGAUGAGUCUACACCAUCUACCAUGAAGAGAGCUAGAAAGGUAACAGGUAGUGCCAUUCUUGAACAUUCUAAGGUUCUCAGUAGGGUUAACAUCUCCAUCCCCUGGGAACUUGUUAAAAAUGCAAGUUCUCAGGCCACUUCCCAGAUCUGCUGAGUGAGAAACUUUGGGGGUGGGGUUCAGGAAUGUGUUUUCACAAGCCCUUCAGGUGAUUCUGAUGUCAACUAGUUUGAAAACCACUGUUCCAAUGGGACUUCAUGGAGAAUCUGUGGUAUCUUCCUAUUUUUCAGUCUGGCUGGCAUAGGAUCCUUCUGUGGACAAUGUCUGAAAUUUUUAGUAUGACGAACAGAUAAGGAAUUUGGGCAGAAGAAGUAGGAGCACAGGGCUUUAAACAAGUUUUCCAUCAGAUUGGCCAUUACUGCCUUUCUCUGAAGUCUCAGGAUGUGAGCAAACAAGGGAAGACAUGAGGUUUGGAGCCCUGGGAAGAUGCUCUAAUUCCAAAGGGAGGUGGGGAGUCUGCUGUAGAUGUGAUUCCUCUUGGGACUCACUGACCAACGCAGGAACAAGAGGAUGAAGAGAUAUUCUGAGUAACUAGAUGGAUGGGUGGAUGGUGCCUAUUCUACUCGCACCUGGAAUGUAAGUAAGGCAGUUGACAACUUGCUUGUGGCUCAGGUGGAGACCAACAGUCUUAGAUGAAGUUGCUUCUGUCAUAUUGUUUCAUAGAUACCCUGUUAGGAUUUUCAAGUGGAUGAAAAUGAAAUAAUAGGCUUGUGUGUGUGUGGUUUGGGGGGGGCACGUGUGCAAGUCUGGCAUAUAGAAGGACAAGGCUGUAGCUGUGAAGGUAGGACUCUGUGUUGUACACCUGUUGCUUCCUCUUCAAACAGUCAUUACACUAAACAGGAUCGGCCUGCCAACACAGGGUAUCUGGGUAUCUGAAGUGCCUGUGUGAUAAGCAGGUUAGCGUACAUCGUAUCUCAACUCUGAAGGCCAUUUGGUUAACCAGUACUUUGACCCUGCUAUGAUACAAAACCCACCUAUUUCUUUUUUUUAACUAGAGCGAUACAAAAUUCCCACCUAGGAAGCUUGAAGAUAGCAGUGUGUUCCCCCAUUACAAGGACUGUAGAGUAUUAACAUUAAGGCCCAAAGCCAUAGUUUUUAAGAAUAACAUCAAGCAUUAUUCUCUAUCAUCUUCUCUUAGACCCCAGUCCCCACUGUGUUCUUUUAAGUUCUAGGUCCCACUCUCCAACCUUCAAAGAGCCUAAAGUAUUUCCUUGUUUCACCUUGCUUAACCCCCAGGAAGUAACCAAGGAUAGAAACUCUACCUUAAGAGUUGAAAAAAUGAAGUAACUAGGUAUUUCUACUGAAAUCAGAAUAGCUGAUAUGGCUAGUUAAUUCAGCGUGUACUCCUGGCUCAUGAGGAACUAGAGCCUUGGGCUUUAAUAUCCAAAAAAGAACUGUAAGAAUCUCGUAUGAAACAUACUGGUGUAAGUUUGCUCUAUCUGGAGAGUUUACUAGAGAAGAUUAGAAUUAGUUAAGAGGUAAAAUAGGAAGCUUAUCUAACGCUAAAGUGGGGUGUUUGGAGUUAAAUGUGUCCUACAAAGUCACUGAACGUGGGUCCUCCAGAGACUUUAACAAUUGCUACCAAGAUUGAUAAGAGAUGAGUAAACAAAUUUGCGGCCUCUCGUAAAGAAAUCCAGCCAAGUCCUUGAGUCCGAAUUCUUAUGUGGCCUUUACAAGCUAUCUAUUUGGCAAGAAAGAAUCCCAGUUGUUCAACCAGCUCCUUGAAGACAUUCUUAUAGCUAAAUUAGAGCCAUGGCAUCAUCUUCAAGCCUAUGGUGUUCUAUUCUUGAUGAACACAAGGCAAAAAAGAGAGGCGGGGGGGAGAGAGGCUUCAACUUUGGUACUUACUUCUGUUCCUUGUACCUUUGGAAGUCAGAUAGCCCUUCUCAAAAAAAAAAAAAAAAAAGGAGAGCGAUAGAAGAAAGGCUUUAAAUAGCAAAACUAUAGGGCAUUUAAAGAACUAACUUCUUAGUUUCAUACUGAGAAAUGGGGAACUAACUGAAGUGUAACUUUUAACUAUCCGCACCCCCAAAGCAAAAGAUUCUGGUGGAGUGUUCUGUGUCAUGUAGUGUAACUAGAGGCAUUUCCUAGAAUUCUUACCUAGUGAAGCAGUUUAUUCUUUUGAGCCCAAGUGGAACCGGAACCCUUGAUUCAGCAGGGAAACUUGCAAGAAGCAUAUGCACUUUUGCUGUGACAACUUAGGUCCAAGAAUUUAGACUACAACCUGCUAAGCUUGAUCACCAAGUUUGAGCUCCGCAGUUUCAUCAAGUAUCCAGCUUGACUCUUUGGAAAAAUUGGGAUUAUAUGUUCACAUUUCUGCCAUACCGUGGACCUAACUCGUGGAGGUUCAGGAAUACACAGAAGUAGAAAAAGUCUUCAAAUAUACCUUGUUUCCAAAUAUAGAGGACUUUUUUUGUGCAUACACCAUCCUUGUCUGCUUUCAUAGAUCAAAAGCUGAAUUAGAAUUAGCAGUGGGGGUCCACAGUUAUUAAGGAACAGAUGACAGAAAUGUCUCAACUCUCUAUUGUAUCUCCCAAAUCCAUUGAGCGUUUCCAAGCCUGGCUCAUUCAAGAAACAGGGAUGAAUUGGACCACAAACUGACAGUCUCCCUGUGAACCUUCCACCCAGGGUCACAGGAGCCAGCGUCAAACAGGCUGAAGGUGGGGUGCAGGCUCUGCAGGGGGCCCUGGGCACAUCAUCAAUAGUUUUCUUUAUCGUUGUGCUUAAGGGGAAAGUUAGAUUGUCAGCAGGGACAUUCCCAAGCAAGGACUCUGGUGUCAGUCUUGAUGUGGUAGCUUGGGCAAGCUGCUGAUCCCCUCGGCAGAUGGACAAGAUGGGGACCGUGUUGGCAUGCCAUGGCGAGGGUUAAGGAGGAUGCAGAAGGGCUCAGCAUGGUGUCUGGCAUUUAGUGGAUGCAAGGCAAGUGUUACUGCUGGAGAUCACUCUCCAUGCUAUGCCUCUCUUUGUAUUCAUUCUGGCAUGACCUAGAAACUGGUAUGUGACUUUACCAGUAGGAGUUACAGUAACUUGACUCAUUAUUGAGUGUACAUGCAUUAGACCUUGUCCCAAGUAUUUUCCACUACAUCUGUCUGAUGAGAUCUAGGUGUGAAAUUCAGGUAGUGAAAUCACCUUUAUAUAGUUAAAAAAAAAAUGUCAAGGGUUACAUGAUUUAAACCCUAAGACAUGUAGCUGGCUUGCUUCUACCCCCACCUUUUGACUUCAAUGCCUGGAACAUGGAAACAGAUAAUUGGUGGCCUGCACAGUCUUUGGAUGGCAGCUAAAUCUCUUUGAAUCCCCUUAACUUCUUAAUAGCUUAACGCUGUGCUCAAUAAACGCUGGCAUGUAUUUUAUGUGAUCUUCACAACAACCCAAAUAGGUAAGUGUCUUCAUUUUAUAGAUGUAAAAAAAUAAGUCCACAGAUUACAUAGGGAUUCCAAACCCUAUGUGCUUACUUCCAUACCCUCUCAGAAAAGGAGGCAGAGCUGUGUAAAGGUUAAGCUGGACAUCACACUGCAAGUUUGCGGAGUCCCCUUUACUACUGAUAGUAGGAUCCUUCAGCAGUUUCCCGGUGUCUCAGAUGCUCUUAAUGGCUGGCGUUCAAGAUGGCGUCAGACCAAAAGAACAACACUAGUGCUGUAUCAGAACGUUGGUAGUUAUGUGCCCAUGCCUCAAGAUGCCAGAAGUUCCAGAAUUAUUUCCCUUGUGAAGUAGAUUACUGGAUUGCAAAGUAAAAAAUAAACAUCCCCUGAAGGAAUUUAUGGACAUGCAACCUCCCUCCUAUGUAUAAAGAUAUUAGGGAAAACAAGCUGUAUCACAACCAAACGUCCACCAUAAGGCUCUCAUAAGGAAAGACAUGCCCAAGACGACAAGGAGAACUGUGACUUGGGUCAAGUGACUGAUGGAUCUUAGGUAUUCUGGAAUCAACCCCUGAGUCCUGCUUAUCUCUCAAUUUAUACACAUGCGCGGGGCGGGGGGGAGAAUUCUUUGCACAAAAUGACUGGCUUUGAAAAAACAAUCUGGCCCCUUUAAAAUGUCAUUCAAUACCAAAAUGUGACUUAAGAGCGCGUAAUGCCUCAGGAGCCCAGAGCGUACAACCCCAUUACCAUGCCCAUGUUCGAGUGCGUCCAGUCCUGCUGACCAGUAGAUAAGCAUUUUUCUUUUAUUAAUGAACUGUACAUGUAAC